CUCCAAAGGGAAUGUAGAAAUUGGGGUGAGAAGGGUCUGAGCAUCAGGGCAGGGGGUGGCGAGCGAGCAGCCACGUGUGUACGUGUCAGGGUUAGAAAUCGCUGCUCCGCUGGGCACGCCGGAGGGGACGGGAAAAGACGCAGAGAAAAUCAGUUGCCGCCGCGUUUUCCAAAAUCCCGAACGAGCGUUCCUGCUGGCGGUCGCUUCCAAGAAACGGAGAGAACCGAGGAGGAAAAUUGCGGUGAUUCAUCGCGGGCAGAUCGGAGGCAGGAAACGGGAGUUCGCCGCCUGCCCCGUGCCCGGCGUGAGCUCGGUGGGCUCGGGCUGGCCGGGGCCUGGCUGGCGGCGAGGGCCUGACACCCACGGCUCGAGCGUCCCCGCGCCGCGGCCGGAGCUGCCCGAGGAGCCGCCGGCGAAGGAAAAGCGACCGGCGGAGGCCGAGAGCCGGAGCAGCGGCAAUUUUUCACCUGCGUUUCUCCGGAGCCAUCCGAGCGAGAGCUGCCCGCGGCUGCGGGGCCUCUGUGACACGAGUUCUGCCGGUCUCAGCCCGGCCGAGGGCUGUGGAGCACAAACCCUCUUUGGCUGGCUGCAGAAGGGUCCGCCGCACUCCCCCGUGGCUGUUCUGGACCAAAAAAGCACCCUCAAAUCUGCUGCCCUCAUCGCUGGUGUUUUGGGAUCACCCCUGGAGAGCGCCGGGGGUCUCGGUGCUGCUGCGUGACCCGCGGGAAGUGGGAUGGAGGAUGGGAGAGGGAGGAUGUGGGGGGACCCCAAAACCUUGCUGGAGUUCGGGAUGUGGGACUGCAUGUGCCUCCCUUGGGGUCCAGAGUGGAUGUCCGGCGUGCAGGGAUUGCUUGGGCUUCAUCUGGGGAUGGAAUGUGGGCACUGCAUCCAUCACGUUUGGGGUGGGGGUCUGGGGACCCUCACAUCACCCUUGGGAUCAAGACGUGAGGGACUUCCUGCAUGCUGCUUGCAGUGGGGACAUGGAGCCCUCGGCUGGAGCUCAGGGACAGCAGAUGGGGACCCUCACAUCACCCGUGCAGUCACGGUGCUGGAACCAUUGUGUUGGGACCAUUUUAUUGGGGCAGGGACCUGGGGGACAUCUGCACCGGGACCUGGGGACAUCUGCAUUGGCGUCAGGGCUUGGGGAGCUCUGUGCAGGGACUGCAGCACCUCCUCAGGGCUCAGCGGGCUGGAAACAGGGGACAGUGGGGACAAGUUGUGUCUGUCCCUUCCCUUCUCACAGGGACAGUGACCGGGGCCGGACCCUGGCUCCCCGUGCUUGCACCAGCACCAGCACCCUGGAGGGCUCCGGAUAACUCAGAUGUGGCAUUGGAGUUGUUUAACCCCAUCGUGAUCGAGCCUCCGCUCCCAAACGCCGCUGCCAUGAAGAAGAAGCCGGGCAAUGGGCGGGGGCCAGACCCUGCGGCCCCCCAGCAGCGAGCCCGGUCUGUCACCAAGGCAGCAGAGUACGUGGGAUCCUUCAUGGUGGAGGAACUGGACCUGCAGCAGCGAGUGGGGCAGUUGGAGGAGCAGCUGAGGGCGCUGAAGGACUGUCCCAGGAGGAGGUCGGUGGUGCUGAGGUUCAGCUUGCAGGGGCUGAAGGUCCUCGGUGCUGAUGGCGAGACGCUGCUGAUGGCACAUGCACUGCGUCGGAUCCUGUACAGCACCUGGAGCCUCCCUGACCGCCAGUUUGCCUUCGUGGCCCGCAACCCCCAGAGCCCCCCCAGUAUCCUCUUCUGCCACCUCUUCGUGGGGCUCCCAGGAGAGUGUCUUUUGCCUCCCCCAGGUCCAGACCCUGCACCUCCUGCUCUGCCGCUCCUUCCAGCUCUGCUACCUCCUGGCACACCCCGAGGAGCAGGCGGGCGAGGGAGAGCUCCCGGGGCCUGGGGUGCUGCUGGAGCCCCUCAACCCCGAGGAGGUGUCACGAAAUGUCAAUGCCCUCGUGUCCUUCCGGCGCCUGCCUGCGGCCGGUGGCCCCGGCCCGCUGGGCACCGGGCUUUUUUGGUGCCGCAUCCUUUCGACAGCAUUUUUCUGCAUGGUGUUUCGCCUGCCAUUCCCCACGGCCAGAGCCCCCAGGCCGCUCUCGCAGCCCGUCCAUCCCCAGGACCGGCGGCUGGAGGCGGAGGGCAGAGCCUGGCGCCCGGGGAAUCCCUACUGCUCGCCGGUGCUGGUGCGCAAGAAAGCCAUUCGGAGCAAAGUGCUGCGCUCGGGAGCCUACCGGGACUGCGGGGGCGACGGACAGCUCCACCAGCAGCCCCGCGACGCCGCAGCAGCGGGAGGGGAAAGCAAAGGGGCAAGGAGCUUGGUCUUCCUGCCCGAAAACGAGAGCGUCCUCGCCGAGAGCGUGUGGGCCUUCGCCGGCAUCGCCAGGGCUGCCGGGGUGGCUCUGCUGCAGCGGGACGUGCCCGGCGCCUUCCUGCUGCGCCCCGAGCCCGGGCUGCCCAAGCGCUGGUGCCUGUGGGUGCGGGUGCCCUGCGGGGUCGUGUGCUACGGCCUGGCCAGGACGCACCAGGGCCGGUUCUGCGUGGAGCACUCCAACGCCGAGUUCGCCAGCGUGGCCGCCCUCCUCGCCCACUACUCCGGGCCACCGGGUGGCUGCUUCUGCCGCCUGGCCCCUGGCCGCCGCAACCCCGGCUACGAGGAGCGGGACCCCGGCGGCGGGGCCAGCACCGGUGCCGGGGCGAGAGAGGCCGCCUGGGCCCCCGCCGCCCCCAUCGGGGUGCAGCACGAGCGGGGCUAAGCCCGGGUCCCUCCCCGUGCACGGCUGUCCCUCGACACCCCCAGCUUUAACUCGCUGCCGCCUGCCUUAUCCCCCUGCCCGGGCUGUCCUGCCCGCCCGCAAUAAAGGCUCUCGUGC